AUGUCACUGGUUUCUGGGCCUGGGAGGGGCGGCGCGACGGGCGGGCAGCUUCCCGACGAGCUCCAGCUCUAUGUUGACAAGCACGUCAAAUACAUCCAAAGCCUCGACACACGCAAAGAUGAGCUUGAGUAUUGGUUAACAGAACACCUCCGGCUGAACGGGCUGUACUGGGGCCUCACCGCGUUGCACCUGCUCGGCCACCCGGACGCGCUGCCCCGCGAGGGCGUUCUCGACUUCGUGAUCUCGUGCCUGCACGACGAUGGAGGCUUUGGCGCAGCGCCUGGGCAUGACGCGCACAUGCUGUACACGGUCAGCGCUGUGCAGAUCAUCGCUACGCUGGACGGCUUCGAGGAGCUUGAGCGGCGCGUCCCUGGCGGCAAGGAAAAGAUUGGUCGCUUCAUUGCCGGGCUCCAGCACGAGACAGGAACGUUUGCGGGUGACCGGUGGGGCGAGUGCGACACGCGCUUCCUCUACGGUGCCUUCAACGCCCUGUCGCUCCUCCACAUGAUGCACCUUGCCAAUGUUGACAAGGCGGUCGAGCACAUACAAGCAUGCGCAAACUUGGACGGUGGGUUUGGCACGUCUCCGGGAGCCGAGUCGCACUCGGGCCAGGUGUUUACCUGUGUCGGCGCUCUGGCGAUAGCCGGGCGCCUUGACUUGGUAGACCGGGACAAGCUAGGCGGGUGGCUGAGUGAGAGGCAGCGGCCGAACGGUGGGCUGAACGGUAGGCCGGAGAAACUUGAAGAUGUGUGCUACAGCUGGUGGGUUCUGAGUGCCAUGGCGAUGAUUGAUAGGCUGCACUGGAUCGAUGGCAACAAGCUCGCUGCCUUCAUCCUGAAAUGCCAAGACCCCGAGCUAGGUGGAAUCGCAGACCGACCCGGCGACAUGGUGGAUGUUUUCCACACACACUUCGGUCUCGCGGGGCUGAGCCUUGUCGAGUUCCCAGGUCUGCAGGAGAUAGACCCCGUGUACUGCAUGCCCAAGAGCGUGACCGACCGGGUGCUUCACAGGUAG